CUUUUGAUUUUUAUUGGAUAAGUCAAGUGGCUUGGCAGUGAAGAAGGAGUUAAAAUAGGCAGAAGCUGUAUACAUGAAGAAAAUAAUCCAGUUACUUCCGAGAUUCAUGACUUUUCUAUAUAAUUAGAUAGUUCUACCCUUUUUUUAAGCAGUGGCUACGUUAAAGCUCUGUAGGUAGUGAUGACAGCUGACUGAACAUAUGCCUGCAUGAAGUGAGAGAUCAGAUCCAGUGAGAUUUCUUUAGGAGAGUUCAUUUCAGAAACCUCCACCACCUUGCUGGCAGCAUCAAUAAAAAGCACUGCUCUUGCCUAAUUUGCUUAUGCAGUAGACCUGAUCCCCACUGGAGCACAUUUGGAGAAUAAGUUUGGGAAUAUCACAGGGAGGAAGAAGUUUGCAAUCCUCUUGCUCUUCCUAUAAAUAUUGCAUGGAUAUUCAGAAGAUUUAGAUUCAAUUGUAGAACAACCUGUCUGAUUAUUUUAAUUUUUUUUAAAGUGGUUCAUGAUUUCUACUAUUAAGUGUUGGUAGACAUAUUGUGCUGUCUACUGAAAACCAGCCAAUAUAUUUAUUGCUUUUUAAUCCUAGGAUCAAGAGGUUUAACUGUUUUUGUUAAAAUCAAAACAAUUUCAGACUGCAACAAGAACGUAUUGCCUUCCCUCACACUGUCAAAAACUUACCAAGGAAAAAAUAUCCCCCAGAAAACUCUGCAUAGAGCAAGAUAAUGCAUCAUUUUAAGUAUGAUUUUUUCAAACCAUGUCUAAUAAAUAUUCUGAACUCACAGGACCAUACUCUGGGGCAGGAAAACAAGAACUAAUGACUCUUGAGGAAUCGACCAUUUUCCAUUUGGAAACUGCUUCUUAACACAGCUACAGCCAUGCAAAGCAAGGUUCCUUAACACUCUGUCUCUUCUGAUGAGACAUAAUUGAUAUCAGGCUAUAUGGGACACUCUGUAAAUACAGAGGAUAAAACCACUGUAAAUACAGAAGAUAAAAUAGGCAGUGAUGCCAGGAUGUGUGAAACAGCUGAAUCCACAGAUGUCCUUUUUAGAGAGCAAAAACCAACUUACUGUGGGGCACAGAAAAGUAUCUGGAAAGAAAGAGUUUGAUGUGAAGCAGAUCCUGAGGCUCCGCUGGAGGUGGUUCAGUCACCCCUCGCAGGGCUCCGCCGGCUCCGGGGGCUGCCAUCAGCAGGAAGGAUAUGAGCACAGAGGGACUCCGGUGCAGAACAGGUUAAAGAGCCACUCUCGGGACAGAAAUGGGCUGAAGAAAAACAGCAGUCCUGUCCACCACAACAUCCUGGCCCCUGUGCCAGGGCCAACGCCGGUGCACCACCGAUCCAUCCAAACCUGGCAGCAGCAGAACCUCAUAGAGCAGCUGCGAUCAAAUGAGGAUAUUCCCAAAACGAGCACUGAGGAAAACUCUGUCAAAGAAGAUUCAAGUAAAACCACACAGGAGCUGCAGAUGAUCACGGAAGAAAAUGCAGAUGAAUCUGCAGAGAGGCUGUCCACGACCAGCAGCUCUCUUGGGAUGAGCUCCAAUGGCUCUGACGAGUAUUUCCAGUCCACAAACCACGCGGAGCAAACCUUCCGCAAAAUGGAGAAUUAUCUGCAGCAGAAGCAGCUCUGUGAUGUGCUCCUGAUCGCUGGGGACCAAAAGAUUCCAGCUCACAGGCUGGUUCUCAGUGCAGUGUCUGAUUACUUCGCUGCCAUGUUCACCAACGACGUGCGGGAAGCGAAGCAGGAGGAGAUCAAGAUGGAGGGAGUGGAUCCCGAGGCGCUGAGGGCUCUGGUGCGCUACGCCUACACAGGAAUCCUCGAGUUAAAGGAAGACACCAUCGAGAGUUUGCUGGCUGCUGCGUGCCUCCUGCAGCUCUCCCAGGUCAUUGAGGUGUGCUGCAACUUCCUCAUGAAGCAGCUCCACCCUUCCAACUGCCUGGGGAUCCGCUCCUUCGGGGAUGCCCAGGGCUGCACGGAGCUGCUGAAGGUGGCACACACCUACACCAUGGAACACUUCAUAGAAGUAAUAAAAAACCAGGAAUUUCUUUUGCUCCCAGCUAAUGAAAUUGCCAAGCUCUUGUCUAGCGAUGACAUCAACGUGCCAGAUGAAGAAGCCAUUUUCCAGGCCCUGAUGAUGUGGGUGAGGCACGAUUUGCAAAACCGCCAGCGGGACCUGGGAAUGCUUCUCUCCUACAUCAGACUGCCCCUGCUGCCACCCCAGCUCCUGGCUGAUCUAGAAAACAGUCCAAUGUUUGCAGACGACCUGGAGUGUCAGAAACUUCUCAUGGAGGCCAUGAAGUAUCACCUCCUGCCAGAGAGACGCUCCAUGAUGCAGAGCCCUCGAACUAAACCCAGAAAGUCCACAGUGGGUGCCCUUUAUGCUGUGGGAGGUAUGGAUGCCACUAAAGGCACCACUACAAUUGAGAAAUACGACCUCAGAACCAACAGCUGGAUCCAAAUUGGGACCAUGAACGGGCGGCGGCUGCAGUUCGGGGUUGCAGUGAUUGACAACAAGCUCUACAUUGUGGGCGGAAGGGAUGGGCUCAAAACUUCCAACAUUGUCGAGUGCUUCAACCCCCUCACCAAGGCUUGGACUGUGAUGCCCCCGAUGUCAACACACAGGCAUGGCCUGGGAGUAGCAAUGCUUGAAGGACCAAUGUAUGCAGUUGGUGGCCACGAUGGGUGGAGUUACCUCAACACCGUGGAGCGCUGGGACCCGCAGGCGCGGCAGUGGAAUUACGUGGCCAGCAUGUCCACCCCCCGCAGCACCGUCGGGGUCGCGGCACUCAACAGCAAGCUGUACGCAGUUGGUGGGCGAGACGGGAGCUCCUGCCUGAAAUCCAUGGAGUGUUUUGACCCGCACACAAACAAGUGGAGCCUAUGUGCUUCCAUGUCCAAGAGGAGAGGCGGCGUCGGUGUGGCGACCUACAAUGGGUUUCUGUACGCUGUGGGAGGCCACGAUGCUCCUGCUUCCAACCACUGCUCCCGCCUUUCCGACUGCGUGGAGAGGUACGACCCCAAAACAGAUGCUUGGACAACGGUGGCCCCUCUGAGCGUGCCUCGGGACGCGGUUGGGAUCUGUCCCCUGGGGGACAGGCUCUACGCCGUGGGGGGCUACGAUGGGCACACCUACCUGGACACCGUGGAGUCCUACGAUGCCCAGAACAACGAGUGGACAGAGGAAGUCCCUGUCAACAUUGGACGGGCUGGAGCAUGUGUUGUUGUCGUGAAGUUGCCUUGAGGACUGUAAAUUAUUGUGAAACUGAACUGAGUGGAGUCUCAGCAGACAAAAAACAUUUCCAGGAGCAGGACAGACUGCACACACCUCAGCAGCCCUCCCUUGCAGACAAUAUUUAUCUCUGAGCCCUCACACUAUUAGAGCACAAAAGCGUCUUCCUGCAUCACAAAAAUCAGAAAACUUUGGAGAAGUGAAUUCCUUUGUUAUGCCUAAUUCAUAAAAUCCAGUAAAACAGUUUAAAUGUUUGAAUGGUUCAGGUUUGUUUCAAAAGUGUAUCUAUUAUUUAUAAAAUGCAGUAGUGAGAGAUGGUAUGAGGUUUCAAAAACUUCUUUUUCUUUCUAUAUUGUCAGGAAUGUUAAAGUUUAUAACAAAAGCUUUUACAUUUUAAGUAAAUGAAAAUGACUAUGAAGCACCUCCAACAGAGAGCUGCACAAAAAGAAAUAUUGGCUCUUAGAUAUUACUGACAGCAGAAUAUUCUCUGCAGAAGCGAUUUAAUUCCUAUAUUCAGAAAUUAAACUCUUAAAUUAACUUUAAAAUCAACUCAGAGAAACAGAUAAUUUGGCUGUUAUUUACCAUCCAGCACUGCUAGAAGUGUGACAGAAUACCCAUUUUUAGCAGUAUAUUGAAUUGAGUAAUGCAAGUCAUAGUAGGGUUAAGGUACCUUUGUGCUAUUGUAUGCCAGCAGAAAGAAAUCUCUUUUGUCAAAACAUAAUGCAAAUAUAAUUUGCAAUCAUUUUCAGUGCAUAGAUAUGUGAUAUUUUAACGCUGCUCCGUGUGUCAGGUUAUUCAUGGAUUUCUCUUUGCCCACUAACCAUCUGUCAGUAUGAGUUAAACUAAUCUGACUCUUCUUGGGAUGAUAACCACGCAUUAAAUUUUAGAACAAUCAUAUAAUUACAUUCCUCGAAUAUAACUUACAAAAUGAAAUUUUUAUAUCAUAUUGAUAUGACAAUCUUUGACCUCAGCUGAAGAUUACCAGCUUUCUCUCAUGUACAGUAGAAAUAUGGUAAGGAAUAAACCACAUCCACUGUGUAACAUUAGAUACCAUUUGUGUGAACGUUUAUGUUCUAUCUGGAAUUAGGGGAAUGCUAAGAAUCAAGAACAAACAAGAAAAAAAUCACCUGAAAACAGCACAUAGUGUUCCACAUGCAUGAUAUUUUCUUUUUGCGUGCCAAUUUCUACCGUUUUGCUUUAAUUUCAUUUUUAUAAUUUCAAAUGCUGAAAGUGUAUUCUAGAAAAAAGAAUGUAUGUAAAAUAUUCUAUGCUGUAAAGCACAAUAUUUGGUCAGUAUCCACCUCAGUGUUUGUUAUGUUGUUGUUUUGUCAGUAUCAGAAAAUUCAGGACAGAGACAAAAAUCUCUGAAUGUGUAGGCCAACUUCCCUGAUAGAAUACUGUGGUUACAGAUUUUAGCAAUAUGUUAUUUUAAAAAAAUUUAUAGUAUUAAGCCUAUUGAAUGCCUCUAAAGAAAAAAAAAAAAAUCUCAUAAGCAUAUUUAUAAAAAGAAGGACAUUUUUAACUUUAAAAAUCAAUUAUGUUUAUAUAUAGCAUGCUACAUUCAAAUAAACUUUACUUUCUCUGCUAAGAAAAUUUA